AUGGGUCUCUUACUGCGACUUUUAAAUCAGAAAAAUGUAUUAUUCUUUGGCCAUUUCCAACAAGCAGCCAUGAAGUACUGUAAACGCAUACGUGACCGUAUCAGGGUUUUGCGAGCUACCCCUACCAUGCCUCCUGUCGUGCCUUCAAAUUUAGAAAAUUAUGUAAAUGAGAACGAUAACCUGGAAAAAACGUUCGUUUUUCCAGUACAAAAAGGACAAGCAAAGAAAUCAAACCUCCUGUAG